UGUGGCUCGAGUGCCCUCACUGGACAUCCCCAGCUUUCUGGGCCCCUCCCUCUCCCCCAGCCCCCCGCCCACGGCCGAGACAGGCCACAGGAAAUAUCUUUUUGGUCACGGAAAACAAGAUUAUCUUCUUAUCCAAAAAGAUGAAACCAACCGGGUUACUUUCAAAAGCCAAGCAAGUGACCACUGCAGACUAAUGAGCAGAAUCAAUAAGAACGUGAUUUUGGCGCUUUUAACUUUGACAAGUUCUGCAUUUCUGCUGUUUCAGUUGUACUACUACAAGCACUAUUUAUCAGCAAAGCAUGGAGCUGGUAUAUCAAAAUCCAAAGGGAGCCGAAUUGGAUUUGACAGCCUGCAGUGGGGUCUAUUGCACAUCUGUUUCCAAGGAGCACUGAUGAUUGCAUUGAUAAUGACCUGGAAGGCAUAUUUAGAAG